AUGGUGUUGCUCAUAUGCAUGCACAGAGUUGCCGAACUUGGUAUUAAUCUUGCUAUUGCAGAUAUUGUCCUUCUUUAUGAUAGUGAUAGUACAUGUACUACUGAGGAGAAAGUGAUUGAGAGGGCUUAUAACUACGUAUCGAUUCUUUUCUUCUUCUUUUUCUAG